AAAGUUAUGAUGAGAGUUAUGAUUAAUGGUUUGGUUCUUGAGAAUGGUGGUGUUGAGGAUUUGGAAGAAGAUUUUGUGUUGAAAGGAGUGACUCACGGUGCAGUUGAUUACCUCAUGAAACCGGUGCAGAAGAAGCAAAAGGAAGAGGAAGUAGAUGAGCAAGGGGAUAAUAAGGAGGACACUUCGAGUUUAAAGAAACCACGCGUGGUUUGGUCGGUUGAAUUGCAUCAGAGGUUUAUCGCUGCUGUGAAUCAGCUCGGCGUUGACAUAACUAAAUGUAACAGACCAGAGAUCGCAUUGUCUCUGCUUCGGAAGAACAAGAAACUGAUUUGGAUAAGAAAGCGAGAGGAAAUCAACAAAGAAGAGUACGCUGCUUUCUACAAGAAUUUGAGCAAUGACGUAGAGAAGCAUUUGGAUGUGAAGCAUUUCUCGGUUGAAGAACAGCUUGAGUUCAAAGCUAUCCUCUCUGUUCCCAAGAGAGCUCCUUUCGAUCUCUUCAACAAUGAGCUGAAGUCCGUUCUCUUCCUAGAGAAGCUGAAGAAAAGAGGCUACGAGGUACUUUACAUUGUGGAUGCGAUUGACGAAUACGUUGUUAGAAAAUUGAAAGAGCAUGAUGGUAAGAAACUUGUCUCUGUGACUAAAGAAGGACUGAAACUUGAAGAUGAGACUGAAGAAGAGAAAAAAAAGAGGGAAGAGAAGGAAGAAUCUUUCGAGAAUCUCUGCAAGACGAUUAAGGAAAUUCUUGGAGACAGAGUUGAGAAGGUUGUGGUCUUAGACAGGAUUGUGGACUCUCCUUGCUGUCUAGUAACUGGUGAAUGCGGAUGGACUGCGAACAUGGAGAGGAUAACGAAGACAGAGGCGUUGAGAGAUAGCAGCAUGAGUGGUUACAUGUCAAGCAAGAAAACAAUGGAGAUCAACCCCGACAAUGGUAUCAUGGAGGAGCUUAGGAAGAGAGCUGAAGCUGACAAGAAUGACAAGUCUGUUAAAGAUCUUGUCAUGUUGUUGUUCGUGACAGCUUUGUUGAUUUCUGGAUUCAGUCUUGAUGAACCAAACACGUUUGCUGCUAGGAUUCACACGAUAUUGAAGUUGGAUGUUAUCGGGAAGGGUCUUGUUGAGUUAAUGCUCAAGUACUUGUUCAUGCACGACGGAACUUGGAGAAGAUCCUAUGAAUUCGAUUUAGGAUGUGUGACUCUUUGUCUUUGAUAUCAAUGCCACCUUUUCUCUUGUCACCCAUAUGAUCAUCCUUUCUACGGUGUACACAUAAGAAAUUGGUUAAAACAUC